ACAAGAAGCAGGAACAUCUGUGUGUUCCUGGUAGCUACGUACACGGAUGGGCGGCCGCCCGAGAGCGCCGCAUGGUUCUGCAAGUGGUUGGAAGAGGCAACAAAUGACUUUCGCUUUGGGAAGAUGUUUCUGAAGGGCCUGAGAUAUGCUGUGUUUGGCCUGGGAAACUCAGCUUAUGCUGAUCAUUACAAUACAGUUGGGAGAAACAUCGACCGGUGGCUGUGGAUGCUCAGUGCCAGCAGGAUCCUGACUCGUGCUGAGGGGGACUGCAACGUGGCCCAGAGCAAGCAUGGCAGCAUGGAGGCUGAUUUUGAAGCCUGGAAAGCCAAGUUCCUCCAUCGGCUCCAGGUGCUCUGCAGGGGGGAAAAGAAGCCCUGCAGUGGGAAGUGCAAGAAAGGGAAAUGCAAAUCCGCAGGGAAGCAGAGCAAGGAGAGCUCAGCUGAUGAACACGGGGCAUCAGAACACGAGAAUACUGAGACAGAAGAGUUGUUUGACACCAGUAGUGAGGAGGAGGCUGGUGCUGAGGAAGCUGGAGGCACAAAUUCUGUCAUCGAUGUGGAAGAUCUCGGCAAUAUCAUGAGCCACGUGAAGAAAGCAAAGAGGGAACGUGAGCUGGAGGAAGAUGAUGCUGGAAGGAGCUUGGCUGGAGACAGCACUGGGAGGAAGGAGGAAGGUGAAAAGAGAGAGAUGAUUACCCCGGCUCUGAGAGAAGCACUUACAAAACAAGGUUACAAGCUAAUUGGAAGCCAUUCUGGGGUGAAGCUCUGCCGAUGGACAAAGUCAAUGCUUCGAGGCCGAGGGGGCUGCUAUAAACACACGUUCUACGGAAUCGAGAGCCACCGCUGCAUGGAGGCCACGCCGAGCCUGGCUUGUGCCAACAAGUGUGUCUUUUGCUGGAGACAUCAUACAAAUCCAGUGGGCACAGAGUGGCGAUGGAAGAUGGACCAACCUGAAAUGAUCUUGCAGGAAGCUAUUGAGAACCAUCAGAACAUGAUCAAACAGUUCAAAGGUGUGUCAGGAGUGAGAGCAGACAGGUUUGCAGAAGCACUGGCAGCCAAGCACUGCGCGCUCUCGCUGGUGGGAGAGCCCAUCAUGUACCCGCAGAUCAACCGCUUCGUGAAGCUCCUGCACCAGCACAGCAUCUCCAGCUUCCUAGUUACAAAUGCACAGUUCCCAGAUGAGAUUAGGAACCUUGAGCCAGUAACUCAGCUGUAUGUCAGUGUGGAUGCCAGCACCAAAGACAGCCUGAAGAGAAUUGAUCGACCCCUCUUCAAGGAUUUCUGGCAGAGGUUUCUGGACAGUUUAAAGGCCUUGUCUGAAAAGCAACAACGCACUGUUUAUAGGCUGACACUGGUGAAAGCUUGGAACGUGGAUGAACUCAAAGCCUACGCUGACCUGGUAGCCCUGGGAAAACCAGACUUCAUCGAGGUCAAGGGCGUGACGUACUGCGGCGAGAGCUUGGCCAGCAACCUCACCAUGGCCAACGUCCCCUGGCACGAGGAGGUGGUGCACUUUGUCCAGGAGCUGGCUGACCUCCUCCCUGACUACGAGAUUGCCUGUGAGCACGAGCACUCCAACUGCCUCCUGAUAGCUCACAAGAAGUUCAAGGUGGAUGGUGAGUGGUGCACCUGGAUCGACUACGAGCGGUUCCAGGAGCUGGUGCGGGAGCGCGAGGGCAGCGGCAGGACCCGGAGCUUCACAGCGACUGAUUAUGCAGCCAGAACUCCUCCUUGGGCCCUCUUUGGGUCCAGAGAAAGGGGAUUUGAUCCCUUGGAUGUAAGAUACCAGCGGAGGAACAAAGCCAGGGACAUCUCUGGGUGCUGA